AUGCAUGGUUACCAUGGGAUGAUGCUGCCUACAUUUUUCCCACAGUUUGCUCCUCAUCCAAAUGCCGAUCCUUAUCCAUGGAGAAAUGAGCAGCCAACGGAAGUACUGUUUAGACCACCAAUUCCCUACCCUUAUGCUCCUCCAAUUCCUUAUCCGGGAUGUUCAAGUAGUCAUAAGGAUAUCACAGAACCCAUCAUCUCGUCUACUAGGCGAUUGUUGUUUUCUUCUGAAAGCAGUACUUAUCAAGAUAGCUCAAAUGAGACUGAUAAUUCAUUGGUUGAGGAAGUACCUUCAAUGGUUGAGGAAGUACCAUCGAUGCUUGAAGAAGUGCCGGUUGAAGAAGUACCAUCAGUCUCCUGUGGAAAUGAUGACGAUAGUGUUAUAGAGCCAAAGCCGGGGAUGUCAUUUAAAACUGAGCAUGAACUUAUAGACUACUAUAAGCAAUAUGGAAAACAGACUGGGUUUGGCGUAAUGACCCAAAGAAGUAAAAGGGAAGACGAUGUGAGUGUUAGAUAUUUAACACUUGGUUGUGCUCGUGGUGGGAAGGCAAGGAAUCGUACUUCGAAUGUUUCUAAACCACGUCCGACAACAAAGACGGAUUGUAAGGCGAAGGUUAAUGCAAUUUUGCUUGAUGGAGUGUUGCGUAUAACUACUGUUGAGAAUGCACACAACCACGGGUUAAGUCCUCAAAAGGCAAGGUUCUUUAGAUGUAAUCGAGCUAUUGACGAUUCUGUAAAGAGGCAACUAGAUAUCAACGACAAGGCAGACAUCAGUAUGGCUAAAAGUUUCAACUCCUUGGUUGUCGAGGCAGGUGGAUAUGAUAAUCUUUCAUUUGUUGAGAAGGAUGCACGGAAUUAUAUCGACAAGGCCAGACACCUUAGGCUUGGUAAAGGAGGUGCUUCUGCACUUCGUGGGUAUUUUGAGAGAAUGCAUUAUAAGAAUGAUGAGUUUUAUUCCUUAUUGGAUUUAGACGAUGAUGGAAGAUUAAAGAAUGUCUUUUGGGCUGAUGCACGUAGCAGAGCAGCAUAUGGAUAUGGCAUGCCAUUCGCUCAUUUUGUCGGUGUUAACCAUCAUGGACAAUCAAUUCUUUUUGGAGCAGGUUUGAUUUCAAGCGAAGAUACUGAUACAUUUGUUUGGUUAUUUGAGACUUGGUUGAAAUGUAUGGAUGAGAAGGCUCCAAACGCUAUUAUCAUUGACCAAGAUAGGGCCAUGAAAAAUGCCAUAGCAAGAGUCUUUCUGAAAACACGACACCGGUAUUGUUUAUGGCACAUCAUGCGAAAACUACCAGAGAAAUUGGGUUCCCAUUCUAAAUAUAAUGAUGGUUUGAAGAAAGCAUUGCACAAAUGUGUUUAUGAUUGCCAAAAUUCUGAUGAGUUUGAGAAGUCAUGGGAGGCGAUGAUUGAUACGUACAAUUUGCACGAGAAUGCAUAG